AUGGCGAUGCUGAGUACUAAUGCGCGGCUGGCAGUUUCAGAGGCAGCGGACCUCAUCGUGGAAGAGGGCCUGGCCGACGUGGCAGGCAUCCUGGCGUUUGUGGACGGGAACGUCGACUGCGGUGUGCUGUUGGCCGCAAGUGGGAUCGGCGCAGGCGCGCUCGAGGCGGACGCGCUGAUGAGCGGGCCAGGGUGGAGCGCGGGCCGCGCCGCAUGCGCAGCUUGUGGGCGCGUGUCCAUACAAGACUGCGCCGCGGAGCUCGAUCUGCCCCGCGACGUGGCACGCCUCCACUCCGAGGCCGGUAUCCUGAGCUUCGAAGCCAUCGCCAUCCGGGCCCCUGGCGGCGGGGCUGCGCUCGGCGCGCUGCUGCUGGGCGCGGGCCGCGCCUGCUCCUUCACGUCCCCCGCUGGCGGGCUACCAGCGUGGGUAGACGCGGCGGCGACCGCGCUCCUGCAGCUGCUGCGGCACGGCUCGGUGAUGGGGUCUGCCAGCACUCUGAGGGCGGUCUACCAGGCGCCCGACGCCGUCGCCGCGAUCGGCGCCAUGAUGCAGGGUGUGUCGCACUUCAUGUGGCGGGCCACCAACUGCUCGAUGGCGGUGCGGCUGGCGGUCAUCUCGGACGACGCCAUGGGGCCAGGGGAGGUGCUGCUGUUCGAGGCAGCGACGGCAGGUGCCUCUGCCAGCAAGCCGCACGGCGCGCGCAAGCGCAGCGACUGCAGCAUCGGCAGCACCCCCAGCGGGAGGCUGUCUUCAGACCCCGGCUCGGAGGUGGCCGUGCGCCAGCUGGCGUUUGGAGGCACGCUGCUGGAGCGCGCGCUGAAGCUGAACCGAGCAGUCACCAUCCACGACACGACGAGCUACCUCCAGAACAGCCCCCACCCGGCCCCAGACCUCUUCUCCCACUCAACCCCGGUGUCCAGCCUGGCGGUGGUGCCUAUGUUUGUGGGCGAUACACCGAUAGGCGCGCUCUACUUCUGCCCCACUGCUGCGCCUGUGGAUUUUGGGAACAUCAAAGACGACAUUUUGGGCGUGGUGCCUGGCCUGGCGAUGGCACUGGACUCCAAGCUGCAGGGCAACACCGCCCAGCUCAGCAGCAUGGUGGCAGAGGCCCGGACGUCCUGGCCGCUCCGAAAGCCGCGGUCGGGCUUCCGCAGCAGCAGUGGCGGAGGCGGACGUGCAGGCGCAGGCGGCUCCUCCUCUUCGGACGGCUCAGUGCCAGACGGGGCGGCAGACGACCAAGGCGCGCCGCUGGCGCGGCUCAGCGACGCCUGGAGCCAGUCUGACAGCGACGGCCCCCCCACCGCUGCUGCAGCAGCAACAGCAGCCGCGCCGCGCGCACCGCGUGCCGAUCGGGCGGGCGCGGGCUGCGAAGGUGCGCGCGUGACGACGCAGCGGCACGGCCCGGCUGCUGCGGAAGAGCCGUCGGCGGCGCCGGCGGGAGCGCAGUCAUCAAGCUCAAAGCUGUGUGUAGUGCCCAUGGGGGGCAGGAAGCUGCACACCGAGUCGAUGAUCAAGGCCCUGCAAGGCGAGAUCCGACGCGGCCGCCGCUGCAGCUUGGAGCUGUGCUUCGUCUCAGACCUCGUAAUUGCCGACGAGAUCGGCCGGGGCGGCUUUGGCACCGUGUACUCAGGCUCCUGGCGCCACUCGCCGGCGGCCAUCAAGGUCAUGGCGGCGCGGCCCAGCGGCGACGAGGCGGUGGCCGACGCGAUGGAGAUGGCGGUGCUGUCGACGGUGCACCACCCCCACAUUGUCCAGCUGUACGCCUGCCUCCCAGGGAUGGUGUUGGCAGAUGAUGGCACGGACGGCACCUUCAGCCGCUCCCUGUGCAACCCCAGCGCCGCCCCCGCCGCCGCCGCGGCGAGCGGCGCGCCCGCGCCCCCGCCGUCCUUCCGCCGCCUGCUGCCCGGUGAGGGGGAGGGCGCGCCGCAGCAGCCGGCCACCUUCAACCUGGUGGUGAUGGAGCUCUGCAGCGGCAGCCUGCGCGACGCGGUGUCGCGCGGCGCGUUCCACCAGCGGACGCCGGAGGGGGCCGUUGCGGUCAACAUGGACGGGGUGGUGGAGGUCCUCCUGGACGUGGCCACCGCCCUGCAGUACCUGCACGACAGCGCUAACCUCGUACACCGCGACGUGAAGCUGGACAACGUGCUGCUCAAGCCGGACGCCUCGCGCGCCCUGGGCUUCACUACCAAACUCUCGGACUUUGGCCUGACCAAGGUGCUGCAGUCGACCGCGGGGGGCAACCCCGCCAUCAACAUGACGGGCGCGGGCACCAUCACCCACCUGGCCCCAGAGCUGUUCAACGCCGGAUCAGAGAUCACUAGCGCUGUCGACGCCUACGCUUUUGGCAUCCUCAUGUGGGAGCUGUUCAGCGGCAAGAUGGCCUUCCAAGGGCUCUCGCGGGAGGCGAUCAUGUGGGGCGUCGUCGGCCACAACAAGCGGCCAACCUUCCCCCCUGGCACCCCGCCCCAAUUUUCGGAGCUUGCCGGCCGCUGCUGGCUGCGCUCGCCCGGCGACCGCCCGGCGAUGGCCGAAGUCGUCGUCAGCCUGCGGGAGCUGCGCGCGCAGCAGCGCGCGCAUUUGGCUCAGGCGGCGCCGCCGCCGGCCGCGGGCACACAUGAUCCCGCACGCAUGCACUGA